AACCGAAAAACCCUAGCUCGUUCCCCGCCCUGGCAACGAGCGAAAAUCGCUAUAAAUUCCCUCCUAAACCCUCGCCUCGCUCUUCCUCCCUGAACCCUCGAUCUCUCUCUAGCUAGCUUUUGGCGCCCGGCAGAGCUUCCUCUCCUCGCCUCGCCUCGCCUCGCCUCGCCUCGCCUCCUCUCUUCGAGCUAGAAAGCUCUCGAUGGCCCUUCCGAUGGAGUUCUGGGGAGUUGAAGUGAAGGCUGGACAGCCCCUUAAAGUCAACCCUGGCAAUGCUAAAAUCUUGCAUCUUUCUCAGGCAUCACUUGGCGAAUGCAAGAGUAGCAAAGGAAAUGAAUCAGUGCCUCUCCAUGUGAAAUUUGGCGAUCAGAAGCUUGUUUUAGGAACUCUCUCCACGGAGAACUUCCCUCAAUUAGCAUUCGACUUGGUUUUUGAGAAAGAGUUUGAACUAUCUCACAACUGGAAAAGUGGAAGUGUCUACUUUUGUGGAUACAAGUCUGUCGUACAUGAUGAUGAUGAUGAAUUUUCUGAUUUGGAGAGUGAUUCCGAAGAGGAAGAUCUUCCGAUGAUUGGUGUGGAAAAUGGAAAGGUUGCAGCACAAGCAUCAGCUAAGACUGCUACUGCCAGUGCUAAUGCUAGCAAGGUUGAAUCAUCGGGAAAGCAAAAGGCCAGCAUUCCACAACCAAUGAAAGUUGAUGAGGAUGACAGUGAUGAGGAUGAUGAUGAGGAUGAUGACGACGAAGAUGAAUCUGAUGAGGGAGUUGAUGGUGAGGCUGAUUCUGAUGAGGAGGAAGAUGAAAGUGAUGAGGAAGAGACUCCAAAGAAGGCUGAAAUAGGCAAGAAGAGAGCUGCGGAUUCUGCAACUAAGACACCUGUCCCUGCCAAGAAGUCAAAGUUACCUACUCCACAGAAGACAGAUGGUAAGAAAGGUGGCCAUACAGCAACUCCUCACCCUGCAAAACAGGCUGGAAAGAAUCCUGCCAACAGUGCCAACAAGUCGCAAAGCCCCAAAUCAGCUGGCCAAGUCUCUUGCAAAUCAUGUAGCAAGACGUUCAAUUCAGACGGUGCUCUUCAGUCUCAUUCAAAGGCUAAGCAUGGUGGCAAGUAAAUUAAAGAACCAAGAUAACCAUCCGGAAAUAGUCGGAUGUUUUUUGUUCGUCAUCUUCUGUCCCCCCAAAAGUAGUGUUUGAGGUGUAUCUCGGAGGAGGUUUUGUUGUGAGGGCUUGGUAGGUUUUCAUUAUAUUGUAAUGUCGACGACAGAGAUUUUGGAUGGGGAUUCUUUAUUCUAAUCAGCAGUAAUUAGUCAUUGGGUUGUCAACUCUUCCCUCUUUCCUUCACUUGGUCGUGGUACAUUUUGCUUGUAUUGUGAUGGAUUUUUGACUGGUCUAGUUGUUACUAUCUUCUCUUCA